AUGGAGGCUGCGCGCAAGCGCAGCCGGAAAGAGAGCCACUCUUGCCGGCCCUCCUUCCUUUUCCAACAGGCUGCAUACACUGCGCGCAAAUAGUCAUUUCCGGGAAACUGGUGCUGGCUUUGUGGGGCUCAACAUGGAGACGACUAGGGGAACUGCUGAGCCGGUUCCCGGGGAACUGGUGUCUGUGGCACAUGCUCUUUCUCUCCCAGCCGAGUCUUAUGGCAAUGAUCCUGAUAUCGAGAUGGCUUGGGCCAUGAAAGCAAUGCAGCAUGCUGAAGUCUACUACAAGCUGAUUUCAUCAGUUGACCCACAGUUCCUGAAACUCACCAAAGUGGAUGACCAAAUCUAUUCUGAGUUUCGGAAAAAUUUCGAGAAACUCAGGAUAGAUGUGUUGGAUCCAGAAGAGCUCAAAUCAGAGUCCGCUAAAGAGAAGUGGAGACCAUUCUGCUUGAAGUUUGACGGGGUUGUAGAAGACUUCAACUAUGGUACUUUGCUGCGACUGGAUUGUUCUCAGGGCUACACUGAGGAAAACACCAUCUUUGCCCCCAGGAUACAAUUUCUUGCUAUUGAAAUUGCUCGGAACCGGGAAGGCUAUAACAAAGCAGUUUACACCAGUGUUUAUGACAAAGAAGAAGAGAAAGAAGGCAACCAUGGAAGAGGGAAGGGAGCUGACAGUGCACAGGCAGAAGAGAAAGGAGCCAACAGAGAAAGAGAAAACGCAAAAACCAACAAAGGAGAAGAAAAAGAGAAAGAAGCCAACAAAGAAAUCCACAAGAGUAGUGAAAUAGCUAUGUAAAGUAGACAGGGAAUAGCACUCUGGAAGCUAUGACUCAGCUAAGUCUACAGAUACCAUGAUGCCACUUGCACAGACCCCUGUGGUUAAAUGUAUGUCCAGGGCACCUGGGUGGCUCAGUGUUUGAGUGUCUGCCUUUGGCUCAGGGCGUGAUCCCAAGGUUCUAGGAUCGAGUCCCGCAUUGGGCUCCCUGCAGGGAGCCUGCUUCUCCCUCAGCCUAUGUCUCUGUCUCUGUCUCUCUGUCUCUCUCUCUCUCUCUGUGUCUCUCAUGAAUAAAUAAAUAGAAUAUUUUAAAAAAUAAAUGUAUGUCCUUGUGCAAUUGAAAGACCUAUAGCCUAAUAAUCAAGAGCUACUCUGCUUGUUCUCUUGUAUGAACCAGCUUAAAGACUUUUAGUAGGGUUUUAGUUGAGUGUUUUUUGGUUCUCACCACUGGUCAAGUAAGAAAUUUUAUAAAUAAAUUUCUUUGGGUUCUUAUGACUAUAUCUAUAAUUGACUUUUUUAAAAAAGAUUUAUUUAUUUAUUCAUUCAGAGAGAGCGAGAGAGAGGCAGAGACACAGGCAGAGGGAGAAGCAGGCUCCAUGCAGGAAGCCCGAUGUGGGACUCGAUCCCGGGUCUCCAGGAUCACACCCCGGGCUGCAGGCGGCGGUAAACCGCUGCGCCACCAGGGCUACCCAUCUAUAAUUUACUUUUAAAAGACAUUUCAAAGUAUGUGACACUUCAGAUUUUUUUCAGGCAUAUGAUCUCUUUGUCAUAUUUCUAUAUCUGUUUUUAAAUGCUUAUGAUUGUUUCCUAUAGUGAAGUUUCCUCAAACCUGUUGUAAGUUGUAUAUGGUUUUGGGAUUAGAAGUUCCUAUGUAAGAAUUGACUCCUGCUAUUUGAGUAAGUAUAGUUUUCUGAUUUUCUUUGAUAUAUCUGGCAAAAUAUUUGAUGAAUACUCUAUGGAGAUAAAGCUGGGGCCUGAACCUGUCAGAGUAGUGAAUGUAGCCCAAUUCACAUUAGAAGAGCAGGAAAUGACCUCCUUAGUACCUGCUUCUCUUCUGGUAUACAAGUUGUUACCUGAAAGCUAGCAGAAAUUAAUAAUUAAAUAUAAAGCCUGGUAGAGUGACAUCCCUUUCAUAAAACUAUGGAAAAUAGCAUACAUUCACAUAGUAACAUAAAAUGAACAUUUUUAAAUGAUAUUUUGUCAGACUCCAACAAUAGACUAGUUGGUUUUCUAUAGAUGGAGGGGUUUCUUUUCAUCUAAUGACUUUUAGGAGUGCAUGUUUCAGUUAUCUUUACAUAUGUAUAAAGGUUUGUGCAUGUCCCUGUAGAUGUGCUGACCUUGAUUGCUAAAACUAUUUAGAAGAAGCCACAGUGUUUAUAGUGCAUACAUUAAAUAGUCUUAAAACUCUAAUCACAUCACGAUCAUUCAAGAAAGGAUCUUUCAGAGCACAGAAGGGGGAGAAGUGAGGCUUUUUUCCCCAGGGGACAGAAGAAAAAUAAAAGUUAAACUUAAUUGAUGAAUUAUUUUCUAGGCAAGAGCUGAACUAGACAACAAUUGUGCAGAAAGCAAAUAGGUUUCUCUAUGGAUUCUUUUCAGCCAAUUCUUAAAAGUAUUUAAAACAUUUGUUAGACUUUUCAUCUUAUAAAAAAUUGCUUUUAAAUGGGUAGCAGAGUGUUACUUUAUACUAGACAGACUUUAAAGUCAAGAACUACUUUGCUUUAUUGACUUUCUCUAGCUUAUACAUUCUUAAAUAUCCAUGAACAUGUGUCCAUACAUGUUGCCUGAGGACCUGGGGAAGAAUAAAGAUUAUGUAUACAGUUCUGCCUAUGGUGGCCUUUUCCAGGUUAUUAACCAGCAAGAAAACUGUCUUAAUUACUUCCUUUUGAUUUUAUGGAGAAAAGAAAUAAAUCAUUGAAAGCCUACUUUAAA